CCACGAUUCGUCAAGCCAGGGUGCAAUUAAAAAGCGACAAGGAGGGUGCGAUGAGAUGAGUUUAAGCGAGAGGGGCUCCGAUUCCGGGGAAUGCUGAAGAACCCACACCGUGGUCGUAUCUCCCACCUGCGAUGGUUUCCUUAUCCACCUGGGUCCGAUACAUAGCCCACAAAUUCGACUAUUCCGUCUCUCUCAGCUGGAAGAGCUAUAAACGAGGCCAAAUCGCUGAGACCGAAGUAGGUGAUGCAAUAUGGAAAACUUUGUUUCAGGGAAAGUUGACAUACUUGCAUUGGAACAAAGGAGAGGAAAUGGCACCUAACAUAGCAGGGCAGGGGGGAACUCUUCUUGUUCGGAAAAUACCAGCAGCAGAUCCAAAGCAUGUUUUUGUUGGAGAUGUCGUCGUCUUCAAGGACCCUGAAAAAUCUGAUAAUUAUCUAGUCAGAAGAUUGGCUGCUAUUGAGGGGUAUGAAAUGGUAUCUACUGAUGAAAAAGAUGAGCCAUUCGUUCUUGAAACGGAUCAGUGUUGGGUGUUGUCUGACAAUGAAACUCUAAAGGCCAAGGAGGCCAAUGACAGCAGAUCAUUUGGUCCUGUACCCAUGACAGACAUAGUUGGUAGAGUCAUAUAUAGCCUGAGAACAGCUGUUGAUCAUGGUCGUGUGCAGAACAGUCAUUUCAGCAUGAGGAAGGAUUCCCCUGUAUUGGAAGUUGAACUGGAUGUUGAUGAGAUGGCUAAAGAUCACAAAGCAUAGAUGGUGUUUACAAAUAAAAAGGCUUCUGAGUCAAUUGUUCUGUAAGUACUAUUGGCCCAUUUUCUCGUCAGAUCUCCUGUGUCUCAAGUGCUAAGGAGAAAAAGAAGAACAAGAAGAGAGUUUGGAGUCCUUUCAUUGUCAUCUGUUGUGCAAUGGCCUGGCAUAUUGAUCAUUUCCAUUUACUGGUUAUGGUGGUCUAGUUGCCGGAUCUUUAUUGCUUCCCCCGACCCUUUUCUCUUUCUCUUUUUCAGACUGAAGAAUAUUUCCCGGCGUUGUACUGAAUUUUGAGUUCCAUCUUUGAUGUGAUAUUCUAGAAAGAAAAACUACCAUUUGAGUGUCAA